AUGGCGGCACCAACAAUCAAGUUUCUCAACCUCCCCCUGCUGAUCUUCCCCAUCUUACUCCUUUUCCACAGAGCCUCCGGUGCCGGCGGCACUGCGUCGGACACGCUCAACAACGGCGGCAACAUCACCGAUGGUGGGACGCUGGUCUCGGCCGGUGGCUCGUUCACCCUGGGGUUCUUCUCACCGGCUGGGGUGCCAACCAAGAGGCACCUCGGCAUCUGGUUCACCGCGUCUGGUGUGGACGCCGUCUGUUGGGUGGCCAACCGCGACACCCCACUCAACACCACCUCCGGCGUGCUGCUGCUCGACUCCGGCAACCUGGUCGUGAGCGAGAAGAGCAGCGGCCGCCGCGUCGUCCUCUGGCAGUCGUUCGAUCACCCGUCCGACACCUUGCUCGCCGGCAUGAAGUUCGGCAAGAGCCUGAUGACCGGCGCGGAGUGGUCCCUCACGUCGUGGCGCGCGAAGGACGACCCGGCUACGGGGGACUACCGCCGGGUCAUGGUCAUGGACCCCACCAAGGGCCUGCCGGACAUCGUCACCUGGCAUGGCAACGUCAAGAUGUACCGCGCGGGGCCGUGGAACGGCCGGCCGCUGGUGGUGGACAGCCCCGGCGAGUUCUCCUACGUCCUCAACGCCACGGCCGACUCGCCCAUCACCCGCGUCAUGCUGGACGAGGUCGGCGUGGUGAAGUUGCCGCGCGACGACUGCGACGAGUAUGCGUCGUGCGGCGCGUUCGGCUUGUGCAACGUCGACACCGCGUCGACGCCGUUGUGCAGCUGCGUCGAGGGGUUCAGCCCCGUGAACCGGUCGCGGCGGUCCCGGAGGGAAUCCUCCGGCGGGUGCCAGAGGGACGUGCAGCUGGAGUGCGGCAACGGGACGACGACAGAUGGGUUCAUGGUGGUGCGAAGUGUGAAGCUCCCGGACACGGACAACGCGACGGUGGCCGAGCGCGUGACGCUGGAGCAGUGCAGGGCAAUGUGCCUCGUGGACUGCUGGUGCGUGGCCUACGCCGCUACAGAUAUCCGAGGAGGUGGCGGUGGCAGUGGCUGCGUCAUGUGGACGAAUGACAUUGUUGAUGUCCGGUAUGUAGACAACGGGCAGGAUAUCUACGUGAGAUUGGCAAAAUCUGAAUUAGUUGAAAAGAAGAGGAAUGUGGCAAUAAUAUUUCUUCCAGUUACGGCAUGUCUGCUUGCAUUCAUCACGGGGAUGUUCCUUGUUUUGAUAUGGUGGAAGCGUAUAGGCAAACAUCAAAACAACGAAGUACAGAAGAAUCCUGAAAAGGGACUACUCUUUAUUAGGGAUAGAUGUACAUGUGUUAUAUUAUUUUUGUGUAUAUCUAACACUUGCUUACUUUCUCCAUGGAUUCUCAUUAAUUGCGGAACAAUCCACCAAGGAACAAGGGUGAACUCCAUGAGAAUGAACUUCUAGAAGUAGUCGCCCAUUUAUGUUGUUACCAUCACAAAGAGGCCAUGAAGAAGGUUGCGGCCUACAUAGCAAAGAUGAUGCAAGAAUGGGAAGAUCUGGCCAAUUACAUUUUUGUGCCAUACAACAUCAGAAAUCAUUGGAUUGCUUUUGUAAUACAACCGAAGAUUGGAAGAGUCAUUGUAUUGGAGUCCGUGGAUUGGCCAACGAGCUAAUACAAGGAUUUCUUAUUCAUCCUCAGAAUGGCUUACCAGCACUACAUUAAAUUAGAAGGUGCUCAUCCCACCGAGAAAAGAAAAAAAAUGACUCUACGCACAAAUUCCCAUGCCACAAGCAACCUGCUCAUUCUGUGUACUGUGGGUAUUACAUGUGCGAGCAUCUUAGCAUGCAAAGCGAGAUACACAACUAAUCGUAAACGUGUAAGGGACUACUCUUUAUUAGGGAUAAAUGUACAUGUCACUACUACACAAAUCUUUACCGAGGCGUGUAAAAAGCAUUAAUUGAGGCAGUUUUUG